GAACUAAACAGUUUCACUAUCAAUGGCGGAGGCAGCAACUAGGUAUGCAUUAGUUACCGGUGGGAACAAAGGAAUCGGAUUCGAGGUCUGUAAGCAGUUAGCUUCCAAAGGAAUUACAGUGAUAUUAACUUCAAGGGAUGAGAAGAGAGGCCUUGAAGCAGUGCAAUCCCUCAAGGACUCUGGCCUCUCUGAUUAUGUGGUUUUUCAUCAACUCAAUGUUGUCGAUUCUGCAAGCAUCGCUGCUGCUGCCCAAUUCCUCACCACAAAAUAUGGGAGGCUUGACAUUUUGGUGAACAAUGCAGGCAACUAUGUCAAAAAAUAUUAG